AGCGUGCGCGCGCUGCACCGAGAGGAAAAGAAUCGCACGCGUGAUGUGUAGGACAAGAGGUGGCUAGCUGGUCAAUAUUGAGCCCCGGUAAGAGUAGCCAGACGAAUAAUUAUAUAAUUUCGCUGACUUUUCUUUGUUUUCAUCACUAAUACAAUUGGUUUCCGUCACCUGCUUAGACGACUCGACGCCCUGGACCGCAGCAAAAUGCCAAAUAUCAAAAUAUUCAGCGGUAGCUCCCACCCAGACUUGUCUCAAAAGAUAGCCGACCGCCUUGGUCUGGAGCUGGGCAAGGUGGUUACCAAGAAAUUUAGCAACCAAGAAACAUGCGUGGAGAUAGGCGAGAGUGUACGAGGAGAAGACGUCUACAUCGUCCAAAGCGGCUGCGGGGAAAUCAAUGACAACUUGAUGGAGCUGCUCAUCAUGAUCAACGCCUGCAAGAUUGCCUCUGCCUCCAGAGUUACUGCCGUCAUCCCUUGCUUUCCAUACGCCCGCCAGGACAAGAAGGACAAGGUGGGGAGCCGUGCUCCCAUAUCCGCCAAGUUGGUGGCCAACAUGCUUUCCGUGUCCGGUGCCGACCACAUCAUCACCAUGGACCUGCACGCCUCGCAAAUACAGGGAUUCUUUGACAUCCCAGUUGACAACCUCUACGCAGAGCCCGCUGUGUUAAAGUGGAUUAAAGAAAACAUACCCGAGUGGAAAAACUGCACCAUUGUCUCACCGGAUGCUGGAGGAGCAAAGAGGGUCACCUCCAUCGCUGACCGGUUAAAUGUGGACUUUGCUCUCAUUCAUAAAGAGCGGAAAAAGGCAAACGAGGUUGAUCGGAUGGUUCUUGUCGGCGACGUGACCGCUCGAGUUGCCAUCCUCGUCGAUGACAUGGCAGACACCUGUGGGACCAUCUGCCAUGCUGCCGACAAGUUGAUAUCUGCUGGUGCUACAAAAGUGUAUGCCAUCCUGACCCACGGCAUCUUCUCUGGGCCUGCCAUUUCUCGCAUCAAUAAUGCUUGCUUCGAAGCAGUUGUGGUCACCAAUACGAUACCCCAGGAGGAGAAAAUGAGGCAUUGUCCCAAAAUACAGGUUAUCGACAUCUCCAUGAUCCUCGCGGAGGCCAUUCGGAGAACCCACAAUGGCGAGUCGGUCUCAUACCUAUUCAGCCACGUACCCUUGUAACGGCGUCUACUUUCAGACCAGUAUAAAAAGAGGCAUAUCCUGAAACACAACCAAUAGAGAAGUUCCCUUCCAUUGGGGAUGGAAAGAACUAUCAUGUCUGUUACAGUACACACAUCCCACCCCCGCACCAAAUAGACCAUAUUUAUUGAGCUUGGAUGAAACCGUUUGACCGGAGAAGGCCAUCACAUCUAAGGUUGGGUUUGGCUUGUAUGGUGGUAAAAUGUGAAAACCUUCAAGUGGUUUUCCAAGGCACAAUAUGUGCUGGGGUGGGGUUUUUUUUUUCUUUUUUUUUUUUUCUCCACCCUUUUGAGAUGCACCAUUUGAGUGGGUUUUGGCCACUGAGGUGGUGUUUUGAAGCUGUUACUCUGCAGGUGGAAAUGGUACAUAGACAUGUGCAUCUCAAGAGAGAUUGGACUCUCAUGGAAAUGACAUUUUUCAGUUGCUCAAUUCAAAAAGUGAACGAGUACAUUACAUGGCGUGAAUUGUUUCUCUUUUUUACAGCUACAGAAAACCCCAAAUUGAUUCUCUAAAAAAAAUGAUAUGACAAAAGACGAUCUAAAUAAUUUUCAAUAGACAUGAGGAUGGCCUUAUGCAAUGUAUUUUCCUGUGAGGUAAAUCAGUCUACAUACAAAUCUGUGAUGAAUUUGGCAUUUUGAGUUGAGCUACUGAAAUUAACUGUUCUAUAGUAUUCUAAUUUAUGGAUAUAUAUAUAUAUAUAUAUAUAUAUACACACACACACACCUGUACAUUAAGUACUCCCGCUUUCUUUCCCUGUAUAUUGGGGGGAUUUUAUAUUUUAAUUCCAAAGUAUGCCCAUUACAUUAUGAGUAGGUGCCAUUUAUUCAGGUACGUUUUUAAUAAAACUGAAUAGAAUUGACGGGUUUUUUUCUUUCGCCAUUUAUGAAAGCAUGUGCCAUAUGGUCACAAAACCAACAGAAUCAUCUGAGUAGUUUGUCCAAUAUUAAAUGUGGCCAUUCUUUGUUUUGCUUUCCCAUAAUAAAUGGACUAUGUAUUUAAUUUACUGCAAUGAUUUUACUCCAAAUGCCAUCCAUUUGUGAAAUUUUCUUUAUCGCUUGUUCUAUUAUCAAUAACAAAAUGUGUCCUGAUUUCCACAGUCAUUCGUGUCCACAUGUUUAGUUACAUUUUAAAUAAAAACAAUAGUGGAUAUUAA